AUCCAAUCAAAUCGUAUAUGAUACAAGUGGAGCAUCAGGACUGUUGCUGACUGUCGGGUAAUAGCUGGGUGACAGGCGCAAGUGGUCACGAGCACAAAUUGCUUUACAAUAUUACUAUAACCGAAUUGAUUCAAUACUACUUAUCCACCACGAUUCUGUGAUCGUCAAAUUCAUUAAUGAUCGUUUUUUACUAAUGUUACACAGUCCAUGACGUCCACUAAGAUUACUUGAUCAUCACUAUCUCUAAAUAGAGAUCAGUGGUUCUGAUUUCUACAAACAUGUAGAUUGUCCUACCUUCAGUACUAUAUCUAUUAGAUCAACCUUUUGGUAUCAUGAAGUAGUUAUUUCUUAUUUUUAACAAAAUACUUUGGGAUUGGUGAUUUAACCCAGAUCAGGGACCCCAAAAAAUUACCUGUUAAGCAGUAUUUCCAAUUAAUCUGAAGAAUAGGACUAACAUUGUACAAUACCAAAAUCCUGAUAGGAAGACAUAUGUCCUUAUACUAUUUUUAUAUAAAAUCGAUAUAAAUCAAGACAAAUCUUUAGCAGUUGUACGGGUGCCAUGGAGCCGUUGUCGAACACUAUCCGAGUAACAGUGCCCAACUAUUUGUCGAAUCUUCCAAUACCAGAUAGUGUAGGUGGAUGGUUCCGUCUUGGAGUUCGUGACUGGGCAUCUCUUAUUCCUUUGGCUGCUGCAGUAGGUGGAGUAACAUAUUUGACAUAUAAAGCAUUUUGCCCAAGAGCUCGGCCAGAUCAAAAGAAGGCUGCAGUAAACCCCAAUAUUAAGAAAAGUGUUGAGAAGGUUGUUGAUAUGUUUGACCUAGAAGAUAUUGGGGACAAAGUGGCAUUUUGUCGGUGUUGGAGAAGCAAAAAUUUUCCUUACUGCGAUGGUUCACAUACACCUUAUAAUCGAGAGACUGGUGAUAAUGUAGGACCAGUUUGUCUAAGUCGUAAGAAGUAGACUACUGACUCGUAUUAGUGUUAAUAUUUCUGCUCAUUGCAAUUCUAGCAUUGAACCCUGUAGAGGAGACAUGCUUAUUCUGAAUUUGUAAAGGUGUAAUGGAAAUACCCCUUUGGUGUGGUAAUGAAGUUGUUAAUUUUGAGAAUUGUAUCAAGAAAGCAUAAUAUAUUUUUGGUAGAGGUUGAACUUAGUUAAUUUCCUAACAUUGAGUGUGAAGUUCUGAUCUUUACUUGUUAGAAGUGCGAGUUAAUUUUGUAUUUAAGAUGUUUUUAAUGUUAUUUGCAUGUAAAUGGCAAAGAUAUGUAGGGCUCAGAAUAUUAAAUGAAAUGACUGAAUUCCUUGAAAAUGACAUAAUGUGCACUUGCUGCAACUGAAAGCAUGUGUGAUCAAUAAAGUUUCGAUUGAAAUAUUGUAAGUCGGAGACAAGUGUUGUUUGUGAGAUUCUUGUGUAAGACUUAAUAUUGGAGGUACAAUACAUAUGAUUUGCCACAACAGUGUUUUAUUUGCCUUAAAGUACAUUUCUCCUUUAAAUACAUAAUGAAAGAGAUUAACUGUUAGACAAUAAAUUCCUGUGAUGUAGAGCUGGAGUUAAGCUUGUUCCUAUUCAAACCCUUUCUACCAUAACUAAGUUUCUACAUUCUUUUAAUUUUUGCAUGUUACAUAACAAUGCUGACACAAUAUUUUAUUAUUUCAAUUAAUUUCCUUUAUAUGUGUAUCAAAUACUCAUUUUAUUUAACUGUAGUAAGUUAUUUGAAAUCUAUUUUGGAUGAGAACUUGGGUAGAAAAUAUGAAGCUUACUGAUAUUUUAUUUCUUUUAUCUUCCAAACUUUAGGAAAAUUUAUAUUGAAAUGCACAGCAGAAACUGCAAAUGCACAUCUUUACAUGUAAAUUUAUAUAAUACCAUGAUUUGAUAAUUAUUUGGCCAUUACUUGUUGGUAGUGUCACAACCAAAGAAUCCUGUAUUAGUGAGCAGACAUGUGGAACCUGUUAGAAGAGUUGCAGACGAAUGUCGAUUCACAUUUGAUCAAUUCAUUGGGUAGAAAUGUAUUCUAGGAUAUUGUAAAUAACUAAGGGGGUAUAAAAACCCUUUUAAUUUAUUUGUAACCAUAUUGUGCAGUGAAAAUGAUUUUAUAACUGAUGUUUUUAAAAUAAACUAGACUUUUUGGUAUACAACAAGGCAAUUUACAGAAAUCUAGUAUACAUUUCCAUCCAGUGAAUUGACCAAAUGUGCAUCAAAAAAUGAUUAAUUCUGCGAAGUAUUGAACAUUUAAACUACUACUGAAAAAUUGCACAUGCAUAGCAAAUCAGAACUGAUGUUUUUUCUAUGUUCAAAAGUGAAAUGAGUUACCGACUACCUGCAACUUCCAUUUGCAUUAAUUUAAACAGUUUAAAUAAAAAAAGUUGAAAUAAAAUGUGAAAGUAAUUAUUUCACAAUUUUUACAUUAAUAUUAUAAUGAAAUUUAGAGUGACGCUUGUUAAUUAUCUGUUUUCGGGUUUACAUUGAAGAGCAAAGACCAAUACGUUUGGGAAUCACUCAUUAUAGAGCAUGCUACAAACACCUAUAGUUAAAGCUACUUUUAAAUAAAUCCUACUGUAAAAAACAUCUGCCAUUGUGCUUUAUUGAUAUUCAUUAAAAAACACAAUUUGUCGUCUUGAACUUCAGCAGGUUGUUUCUUAGUAUUAUUUGAUCUCUUUGAAAACUUUUUUCUCCUUUUGAUCAGCCAGUAAGAAUAAGAGCUUCACUCGAUAUAUUUCCUUGUAAAGUAGUGACUUUCGUAUAGAUUAUAUUACCAUGGUUUGGUAGCUUUGCAUUUAUAAGUAAUAGGAAGAGUACUCUGAUAUUUAGCUGUAUCUUACAAUGGGGCUUGCUCAUCUAUGGAAUAGUGGACUGCCUCAUCUUGAUUACAUAUUCUAUCAAUAUGUAUUAUUAUGACUUGUGCAUGUCUCAGAAUUUUUGAAGGAUUAUCACUGUAAUAUAAUUUAUUUUAUCAUUUUUCAGUAUUAAAAUUGACCUCUUGCGCAACCAAGAAUUUUUUUUUUAAUGUUAAGUUGUCUGGAUGUACAUAUCUCUGAUUAAUAAGUAUUGUUCUUUGACAACUUCACUAAGAGUUGUAGGUAAAGUUAUUACCCUAAUACCAUUAUGUUCUAUUUCCCCCAUAAGCAGAAGAAAAAAACAAACAAUGGGAAUACUACACUUUUUGUAAUGGCUCUCAUGUUUUCUGUUAGAUGUAACAUUUCCAUAUCACUGAUAUUUUUAUGCAUGUUGCAGAUUCGUCUGGUUGUUAUGCUCUAUUAACAAGCAGUUAUGUUUCUGAAAUCUUCUGAAAAUAAAACCUAUGAUCCUAC